AUGAUUGACAAAUUCUCAACGAAAUUUGACAAUAAUCCGACAAGUAUUCAAAAAAAAUUCUCAAGAUACUGCCACACCCUUCAGAAAAUAUUCAAUUCUUCCAUUUCCAAUUCAUGUUGUUUUCAUAGAACAAUUUUUGCUCAGCAUGCUAAUGUUGCGAAAUGGACACGUCGAGUCGAUCUUUUCAGUAAAGAUUAUAUUAUUAUUCCAAUUAACGAAUGUGCACAUUGGUUUCUUGGUCUUGUCUGCUAUCCAUGGAUGGCGGGAAUGGUCAGUUACACGGCUCUUUAUCGUGAAGAAGUCUAUCAUCUCUGCCAGUUGACAGAAAAAUUUACCGAUGUCGAUCGCAUCAACUUCUCAGGCGACGAUUUAAAUUCCCUAGAUAUUGGUGAAGAAGUUAUUCAAAGUUAUUUACAAGCUGAAUGGAAUACUCGCAGAUCAGCCCAAGAUGGUGUUCUCCGCUUCGAUAAGGAUACAAUUCGAGGUUUUAGUCCUCGAGUGCCUGUUCAGAGUAACCUGGUUGAUUGUGAAAUCUACCUACUUCAUUAUGUGGAAAUGUUUUUCAAGAAACCUGUUCAAAGUUAUACGAAAGAUUAUUUCCAACACGAAAUGGCUGGUUGGUUUCCAGAAGCUACUGUCAGCCAGAAACGCGCCCAAAUCCAUGACCUUUUGGUUAACCUACGAGAGCGUACAUUGAUGGAGAAGGCUAAAAACUGA